AUGUAUUCAACCAGCAUGUUCACAAAUCCGUAUGCCAUAGAAGUACUGAGGACUAAAAAGAACGAGCUUGUAGAAGGCAUAAACAACCCCGAUCACCUUCUGAACUGGCUGAUAGAAAAUGGUGUGCUUACACCAGAGAAAAAAAUGGUCUUGUCCUACUACAGAACACGAACAGCAAAGAACUCCCGAGUUUUGGAUAUGCUGGCUUCUCAAGGUGAGCGAGCUUGCAGGCUGUUUUUUUAUCCUUGUUUGAAACAGUUAGAGCCCCAUCUAUAUAACAAUAUGAGAAAUUAUGUCAGUGAUGUGAAUGGGAAAAUUGGCGAUGCUAGAAGGCAAUUGAUAGGGUACCUACUUGAGAAAGAUAAAGAAUGGGUUCAAAAGGUUAAGGAUUUUCACCAAGAAAGGAAUGAGAGCCCUAGACAGGUUUUUGCUAAGCCAGAAAGGGUGACUCGGGUCAAACGUAAAGAAAAACGAACUGUUGCAGCAGAGGGGAACUCCACAGGCAAUGAUUUCACUUCUCCAAGUGUCUUUGAUUCUGUGGCUAAAGGCAAUCUUUCUGAUUUGGAAAAAAACUUAAAGGAGAGUGAAGUUAAUGCAGUGAACUCUGCAAAUGAAACCCUCCUACACAUCGCAGCGGCUCAUGGACACACUGAAAUAAUUGACUAUUUAAUCAGCAAAGGUGCCAAGCUGGAAGUAAAGGAUAAAGGAGGAAGAACUCCACUACACAGAGCUGCUGAGAAAGGUCACGAUAAAGCUGUGAAAAUGCUGCUCCAAGCUGGCGCCAACAUUUACAGCUUGGAUCAGGAAGGCAAAAGCCCACUUCACCUGGCUAGUCAGAACCACCAUGCGCAUAUUCUGAAGAGCAUCUUGAAAGAAGAGGCAAGACGAUACAAGAACCGGCAUAACUUCCUGCACAUGGCUGUUCUCAGAGAUGACAGUGACCUGGUACAAAUACUUUUAAAGAAUGGUGCUUUGGUGGAUGCCAAGGAUGAGAAAGGGCAGACCGCUUUGGGCUACGCUGUGUCUCACGGAUUUGAGAAGACCGUCGAGGUAUUGUUGGAAGGUGGAGCUAACAUUGAUUCCAGCAUCAUUGACGCAGCUUUUAACAGCAACAAUCAAUCCCUAUUCCGGUUACUGCUGCAAUAUUCCAAAGGAUUUUCACCAGACACCAUGGUGUCUGCUCUCUUUAAAGCCAUACAGAAAGACCUGCACGGCAUCGUAGCAGCUUUAAUUGAAAGAGGUACAGACAUAAAUGCCACCAAUGAAAUGCAGUACACACCAUUGCUGGUGGCAUGUGAACAGGGGAAGACAGAGUCAGCAAAAGUUCUAAUUGAAAAGGGAGCCAACUUGAAGGACAAGACUCCGAACUCAAACAGCGCUUUACAUCUGGCAGUUCAAGCUGGAGCCUUUUCCAUCACAAAGAUGCUCCUGCACAAAGGAAUGGAUCCUAAUGUCACAGGCCAGGGAGGUCAAACACCCCUCUAUGUUGCUGCGUUACACAAUAAGGGAGCACUAAUUGACAUAUUAAUUGAAGGAGGAGCUAGAAUUGAUGUAGCUACUAAAGAGCUAUGCACUCCACUGCACAUUGCAAGUUAUAAGGGUCAUGUUGAUGUUGCUCAAAAGCUCUUGCAACAUAAGGCCAAUGUAAAUCUUAAGGAUAAGCAAUCAAAGACACCUCUACAUCUUGCGGCUGAAAUGGGAAAUCCUGCUAUGGUGGAACUGCUUCUUGAUUCCAAAGCUGAUCCAAAUGCGACCGAUAAAGAGAAGAAGACCCCACUUCACCUGGCAGCCAUAGGAGGCCAUCCUCACACAGUGAAAGCACUGUUAGCUAAGAAGACUAGGCUGACAGCCAAAGACAUGGAUGGUUGCACACCAAUACACUAUGCAGCCAUCAAAGGGAACAUGGAGAUAUUGAAAGCACUUUUGGUUGCUGGGAAUAAUAAAAAUAUCAAUGACAAAAAUAUAUGGAGAAAGACGCCAUUGCAUCUUGCAGCAGAACACGGGCACAGUGAUUCAACACACUUCUUGUUGAGCAAUGGCUCAGUCAUCAAUGCCUUGGAUAAUAAUAAAGACACCCCACUGCAUUGCGCUUGCAAAGCUGGUCAUUUUAACUGUGUUAGCACGCUGGUCAACUGGUCUGCCGGGGAGAAAGCAAACCUACAGGCCACAAAUAGCCUGAAGAAGACUCCACUGCAAACAGCAGAAUCUAGCUUAACUGAAAAUCAAGCUCAAAUUGUUACACUUUUGAAAAAGAAAAUGUUAUUGAUAAGAUAA